AUGUUUCGUACCCUAUAUAUCUUCGUCGCAGUCUACAUUCUGCGUGGAUGUCCGAAAAUUAUGCGUACGUUUUCCGAAGGUUUUCCGCCUGUUUUAAUGCACGUCCAAUGAACAUGCCUUAUUUUUCAAAUGACUUAGUAACGAUGUAUAGUACUUUCUCAAUUGAUACUCUAAUGGCUGAAAAAAAAACUGACUCAGGGCAACUGGCGUACUAGUGAAGACUUUUGAUAAACCUGUUUUCUUCUAAACCUUGAGAUCAGUCCAUUUUAGUCUUGAGCAAAGCAGGUAGUAGAAUGAAAUAAAAUAAUUCAGUAAAGAUUUGCAUUGUGUCUGAUCGUCUGUCUAACAAUCUAUCAGGGAGCAGAAAAUUAUGAACCAACUGAAAACUUUUUUCUUUAUCUAGGCAUAAAAUUCAAAAAAAUAACGUGGGGGUUAUCCCUCAUUUCUGCCCACACACUUGAAACAUAUGAGAGAGGGUGGUGCGAUCGCUGGACCAAGAACUUUAUCUACCUUGCCAUUCGAAUGUAGAGGCAAUCAUACAAGAUUCACUGGCUUGAACGGUCGGUUAGAUGUAAGAGAUGCUUAGUGAGAAGGAAGCAACCUCACCUAUCAAUAAAUGUUUAUCGCGCAUGUAGAGUGGUACUGAUAGAUCAAGAAGCCGAUCAGCCGAAGUAAAGGAGCGCUGAAACUACCGGUCUGCGUACUCAGACAAUUCCUGACAAACACAGCACACCUUCGUAAUACGUCUUCAAAUCUUCAAGCAAUUGCCUUGAUAAGGUGCACUCUAGCUAUUUGGCAUUCUUUAUUUUGAAAUGAAGUUGUUGGCUGUUAUGGAAUCAUAUAGAAUCUGUCAGUCGUGCGGUGAAGAUUCCGGUCGAAGGAGAGUAAUGGGCGGCGGGCGUAGGGAAAGCGACCACAUUUAACUAUAAGGACCCGGGAUUUUUUCAUAUGGAGAUUUAUUUUAAAAUUAAUUUACACACCGUUGUGGACACUAUACUGACAUCGGAAACUACUUCACAUGACCUCGGACCCUUAUAUAAACUCCAUUGUUUAGAAAUUUGCCUCUUGUUUAUUUUUUAAUUAUCCCGCCCAAUUUCGUUGCCAUAGGAAAGCAUUGGACAAGACUUCCGGUAGAAACCCUAACGAUUCCCGCACCUUCUUGUAAUUCGUGGCCUACUAUCUUGCAUGCUGCUCCAACCGUAUAAACCUCAUUGCCAUAAUUCCCCUAUGACACCAUCCAAAAUCUAUCGCAGUUAAGUGGGGUCCUUCACUUUACUAUAGCCCAAUAGAACAACUACAAGUUGUUAACGAUAGAGGAAUGAGGAUGUGCUUACUGUGUGUAUUUCAAAGGUGUCUUAAGCUUUCCAAAUUCUUCCAAAUUUUCCAAAUUCCAAAUUCAAUGAUAGCUGUCCUUUAAAUGAGAUCCCUCUAAACGAAAAUACAGUAAAACCCUUGAAAGUAAUGCUGAAAUGCAAAAUUCUAAAAGUUUGAAUAUUACGUCAAAGGAGUAACCUGUAUUCGUUAAAAUCUCUAUCUAUUUUCCCGUGAACAGGUAAAAAAAUAAAAGACCAAAACAACUUAAGUAAGGCUUUUUAUUGAUUUUUGAACACGUAAAAUACCCUGCGCUAUUAAGCUCACUGUGUAUUUGGAAAUGUAGACAACUUUGCGGGACUGAUGUUGUCAUGUAACACCGAUAAUAAUUUUUUUGUAAUGAUGACACAUACAAUAAAACAUAAAGUAUGCAAAAUUAAACACGCAUUUAUAAAUAGAACUUAUAUUUCUUUUCUUCGUCUAUUGUUGCAAAUCAAAGUAAUUACCUCAACAUAGAAGGCAUGUGAUAAAACUUAGUCCAGUAUUUCAUGCAUAUGAAACGAAGGGAGCUGCAAACGCACAGCUCAUGAUUAUUUUAAUUUCUUCCUCAUAACAGCACUUGUCGACCACAACCGAACCCUCACGCGUACUUGGGCUUUGAAUUUUACCUACAUCCCCGCAACCUUGACGCCAACCAACGUGCGUGUUAAGCCCAUCGGAGACUACUAUGUUUUCUCUGAUGCCAAACUUUCGCGCAACUCGCCGCCCGGAAACACCAUGUAUACUGGCAUUAUUCCAUCUAGCAUCCAUGCUCACGUUCAACCCCGCGCCUUUGCUAGCACUUUAGCCCUGCAAACAAGUAAGCUUCCUUGUCACCCUGGGUACAUCUGCUUUCUAGUAAUUUUGAGUAUUUCAAAGUGAUCAGUAUUACAUCUAUUAUCACGGCUUGGACCAAAAUCGACCAACCAGUGCAUAUCAAACAAAAUAACUGGCCAUUUAGGCAUAACAGGAUUAGGCGUAUGCUCAUCUGUAGAGAAGAUACACGCAUGACAAUUUCAGGUCUUAUACAGGAGACUGUCUUCAGUGGAUGAGAGAAAGCGAAGUGAAAUGUACAGUUAGUUCAGUUAGACGGAGGAAAUGGAGGAGGAAGGGUUGUACGAGAAGAUGUUCGCGAUUAGGCUGAGUUGCAAUGAUCGCGCGAUUAACGCCCUUGAAAAAGGACCUUGAAUUCUCAUAUCCGCUUCCGCAUAAGUGUCGGAUUACAGACACUGACUAAUUACCGUUCUUCAACAGUUAAAAAUUACUACAUUGGAAAUACAGCGGCUUCAUUGAAAUUGUUUGAUAGGAUUUGCAGCGUCCUCUAUCGGUCUAACAAAUUUAUCUACAGUGGUUUUCGAGAUUGCUUUUUCCGCAGAUUGUUGUCACAAAUAAUCCUUAUAUCAAUUUGAAAGUAACUUUAAAUAUGCAUGAUAAACCUUACAUUAUCUGUAGUCCCUUAAAGCCCUAGUAAUGCUGAGUCAACUGCUGUGAGCUGCAGAAGUCAACAGUAUUCUUGAUAAACAACCAUACAUUCAGUUAGCAUGCGCCUGAUUCGUGCAUUUAACACAAAACUUGGUAGCGUCCCUUCUGUCAAGCCCAUCUUUCCAAGCUUGUUCCACCUAACCUUACAUAAAUUUGAAUGAAACACAUAAAUGUUUUUUGACAAUGCGUUUACGUUUUGAGUCUUUAUGCGCGUCGAAACAAUGGACAAAUCUGAGUCACCCCAUAUGCAGUUCUCUAGUCGUGAGUGCAAGCAUACAUGCUCGCAACAACUUGGCCUUGUUUGGCGUGCGCCUAAAAUUAGCAACAUCUCCAACCCCUUAAUCUCCCCAUUGUAAUACUAUUUUUUCAAAAAAAUUACAUUUUGCUUAAACGUAAGUUAAUGAACGGAAGACGGUGGCUGACGUACAAUAACCGACUGGCCGACUUCUAUUGUCAUCGACUGACCAACUCAUAACAGGGGACUUAUUUAUUUGUGUGAUGACAUUUUACAUUUUAACUAUAGCUGCAUAUGAUAGUUUUCAUCAGACUACCCCAAGUAUGUGAUCCUAAAAUAGUAGAUAGAGUUUAAGUUGCCUAUGAUAUCCAUAUAAAAUAAAUUCUGCUUAGUUUCCAUUCUAACACUAGAAUAUUCAUUUAGACUUGGCAAUUUGCAGGGCAAAAGACAUGCAUGCUUUUUCUCGCUCCUAGUUACGGUGGAUGUGAUAUUGAGACGCUGGCCUGUCUUUCUAAUAGCGAGUUUGAUUUUGUGCGCUGCCGUGGUAAGUUCCUGAUUAGCAGACUUAUAUUUAAUAAGCACACGCAUACUGAAGUAGCCAUAACCAAGUCCCAUAUUUCAGAGUCUUAUGGUCGUUUGGAUAGAUAUAAUUAAACUCAUCUUUUACUCACUUACGUUGUGGUCACAGACCUCAUUUCCUAUACUAAGUCAACGUGAAAAUAUAAAUGGUGUGCGAUUACAAUUUACGGACUACCUCUCAGAGGUCAGGGUCAAAUCACUAAUGACUGCACAUUACUCACGAAUGUUAAUGACGCCUGCGGCUCCAUCUGACCAGUCCUUAUGUACAUUUGGACUUUCAAUGCUCUGUUAAAAAAAACCUUAUUAUAUCACCUCUUGGCCGUAAAUACUUUGCUUUUCAUUGUGGAAACUUCAAACUUAGCCAAAGUUUCAUUGUAUGCAUAGUAAGGGAGUUUCGAUUAUUCCCCGUUGCGCAUCUUGCUAUUUGUCGGACACUAACGAAUCAUUGUUGCACGAAAUGCAAGGUGAUUCGUGCCGGAAUUAUCACCAGCUAUGCCGAUGCAACCGUUGAUGAUUUCCGCAAUGAUACAUUACAAAGAGCUGAACAACUGAAAGGGCACCUUCUUUAAAAUAAAUGUAGUAUUCAAACCCCUUGUUUUCGGUUUCCACUAAAGAUCUGCGCAAAACGUCAUUAAAUACAUUUUAGUCCAGGGAUAUCCUUAGACAUACAGUGAAAUGUUGGCUGAAAUUUUGAAAUUCAUUUUUGAUUAGGAAAGAUUAAUUGAGCACGUCUGUAAUACUAAUUACUUUGCUGCAUAAUUCUGUAAUAUUUUGGUAUCAGAAAGUUAGCACCUUUUGAAUACACUGCUUUUAAAUCUCCUUGAAACCGUAAUCGGUAAAGGUGACUACCUAAGGGGCAUGCAUUUUCCCAAUAGUUUUGGUGGUCGUGCAAAUUUAAAUAUAUCAUGUAUAAAGCAUAAAGAAAAUACGAGUUAUUUCAGUAGUUUAAUGGAGAAUUACAACUUGUUUAUAUUUCCUACUUAACGAAAAGCCAAAAUUAAAUUUUAACGAAUUGUCUCAUUAUGAACUUCUUCUUGACCGCGCAAUGUCUAUUCACUUAGCAUCGCACAUGGUCGUUUACCGCAACUAAUCAUGAAAUGUACAACAUGGUCCGCAUCCAUUGCAAAUUAUUUGAACUCCCUUUGAUAUAUUUUGCCUAACGUAAAAAAAUAUGUGAUUUUAUUUUCGCGGAACACAUCCAUCUUGUAGGCAGAAAUCACUAAGCGUUAAUAAAUCAAAUGUUUUGGCUCCAAAUUGUUCGCGAAUUAGAGAAGGUUUUUUUAAAACCCAAUUUUACUACUUCUUCGCGUGCAAAAUAUAAAGAUGACACGAUUGUCUACUAAGCGACUUAAUUAAAGCAUAUUUUGUUCAUGGCUUAUAAAAGACAUAAUUGUAUUUGUAAUGCUAUCAAGAAUAAGCGAGAAAAGUGCAUGCUACGUAAGUAGCCAUUUCUUUACCGAGUAUGUUUUCAACAGAAGACUUCCUGCGGUUGCUACACACCGACUCAGUCGGUUAGUCGGUUGUGCGAAGCCGUGACUGGGGUUCACGUCGGAGGCUACGGAAGGCAGGGAGCUGAUUGAGUGCUAGUUGAAAUUUGUGUGCUGUUUUGGUAGUCACUAGAAACGUAUCGCAAGCUGCCAAAUUUUCAAAAACAGUUCUCAAGACGAUCCUGGGCGACGCAGCACCGGAGUCUAUGGUGUUUAUGCGCCAAGGGAAAAAUCGCCCUCCAUAAAAUCGCCAACGCCAAAAUUGUUUUUCUCAGGCGCUGUGACCCCAUCCUUCGUAGUCUGCUUCUGCCUGGCCUUCAAAUUGUUGAUGCAGAAAGAGACGGUGCUCAGCCGUUCUGGUGGUCCACGCCUCGGCUGACUGCAGGCGAAGGUGUGUAGGCGGUGCAGCCAAAACACAUUUGACUUAAGGGCACUGCGGAUGAUGCACACCGAUUCAGUUUGUUAGUCGGUUGCGCUGACCCAUGACCGAGACUGGCGCCAGAAGCUACGGAAUGGAAGAGGCUGAGUGAGCGCUAACUAACCGGUGGACUUCAAGGGUCCGCAUCUCCUUUAAUACGACACCAUGCGACCCCAUCCUACUUCUAUAGCUACAAUGUCUUGAACCGUGUUCAAACUCGUUACUGCAUGAAAGAUUUAAGAGCGGUCGCUCAAUUGUACAUAAAUGUGCACGUAAUGAUAAAUUUACACAUGUGCUGUUGAGCAUCGUUCUUACCAUAAACCUUCCAAAUUAGACAACAUAUACAGCUUCGUACGAGCUCCGUUCUAUCACAUUUUAGUUCUUCGCGGUGAUCCCCACCGUCAAGUAGGCUGCCUUAGAAGACUCACCGCCAGUCAUUUUUAAAAUGCUGUGAAGGCAAUAAGGUUAUCUAAUCAUAAACUUGCAAUGUCACGCUGCAUCUCAGAAGCGCCUGCAUCCACGGAGUACAUAAACGCAAUCGUUUUUGCUAUCUUCUCAGAAUAAUGCAACAUAUCGAACAAAGAUUUGGGGUCCGAAACCUUUGAAGUCGAUGAUAGCGAUAGGAAAAGAGUCACGACUAAUUUCAUUACUUGUGUAAUGGUCAACCGAAUCCUGAUAUAAGUACGCUCUAGUUGUCUGCCAAGCUAUCCACUAACAACAAAUAUCACAUGGAGGAUGUUAAGAAAAUAUUCGUUCGGUCUAAACGCAUGUCUGCUAGUAUCCUCUUAACCUUCCUAAUCUGGCAAAGUGCAUGCGCACGAGGACAAUUAACAAUUAAACGAAAGGUGUUUGGUGUUCUUUAAUACAUGAGACAAACAGGGAGGAAAAAACCUUUAGUGACAUAAGAAUACAACUUCAAAAUACGUCCUCUCAGCACAGCAUUUAAAGAUAUUUUGCGUAAAAUCAUAAAUUUAGUUCAUACCUUAGAAAGCGAGGCAAAACACAUUUGGCUUAUAGACACUGCGGAUACUGCCCGCUUAUCCAGUUGAUUAGUUAGUUCAGCCAACCCAUGGCUUAGGCUGAGGCCAGAGGCUACGGAAGGGAAGAGGCCGGUUGAAUACGAGAAAACCGGUGAAUUACAAGUGUGCGCACAUCCCUUAAUGCGAAGGCAUGCAGAGUCAGUGCGCCUUCCGAGGCUACAGUUUCUUAAACCGUGCACUAAGCUAUGGACGCAGGAAAUACUUACGAACAGUCACUUAAUCGAUCGUAAGUGUAUGAAAACAUAUACUUACAAAUGUGCUAUUGAGUAUGAGGUUUACCUUAUCAUCUGUACGUUUUUCUCUCCCAGUCGCACUAUGAAUAAUUUAGCUUUAAAACUGUCUGCAGAAAUCUUUAUUUAACUCAAGGUAAUUCACGGGCUACCUAAUCAAAAACGUGCAAUGCCAUGCUACAUCGUAAACUUACACACAGCUGGAGCCCACAUGUACACCACCUCCUUGGCAAGGCUCUCUAGCGAAAGGCAGCGGAUUGAGAAGAGUCGGUGAUUUGAAUGCCUCUAAUGCGAUAAUAGUAAUAAGUGGGAAGUCACGAAUAAUAAACAAUGAAAACAUGCUUAAACUAUGCUCCAAUUAUUCUCCAAAUCAUCCACUAGUUCUGGCCACUGCGUAAAAGACUUUAAAAAAAUAUCCAUGGGUCUGGACCCGUGGAUAUCGAUCUCCUUCAACUUUCUUUAUUUGGUAACGAACUUGACAGGAGGGCAAUCGGAGACUAACCGAAAAUAAUUUUGUGCACACAAAUAAAUAAUACGCGCGUAGCGACGUAAGUGACGUAGAAAAUUAAAAUACACGCUCUACGUAUAUCCUCUGAACUGUUGAUUUAAGAACAUUUAGUGCAUCAUCAUAGCGUAACGCAGUAGUUCAACCGCCAUUUCGGCGUAUGUGUAGUAAGCCACAAGCCUGCUUACUGUUUCAAUCGUCACCUGGCAUGUUACGCCGAGGAAGCACCCGGAGUGGACGUGGUACGUAUAGAGUUCGUAGGGACUAAUAGUUGCUGUUUACUAGUUCAGCGAUGAUACCCUAGCAAUUAGUAAACAAUAUAAGGUAAUCUUUAAAUACUGUAAAAGCAAAUAAUCUACACAAUUUGGUAUAUGCUGGGUCUUAUACGUACGAUUAUUGAAAUCACAGUAUGUUUUAAAAAAGCUUGUCCAAAAGUCUAGCAAGUAUUGUUUCAGUGGGUCGUAGCUGAACUACAGAUAACCUGGUCUGUCUUUCUACUUCCUCCUAAUUCAAAUCUCAAACACCCCUUCGCCUAAAGACGAACAAACUAAGACCUGAGACUAUCAUAUGAAGCCGGAUGCAAUAUUAGAAAUUUUAGCCUCUGUGCGCUUGAAAGUUUCAACAAUUUUAUGUCUCACUAUUACCCACUCAUCUCUACAAUUGAUGUCUCUCAGCAAACCUUCCAUGUGCGCGUGAGGAUUUGCCGCUAAAAUAUGUAUUGAUCUUCAUCAAUCUGAAACCUGGCGACCAUCUGAAGAACUCUAAGUAUCUCCGAGCUCGACUCGCGUUAGGCAACAUAAUUCUAUGAUUUCACAUUAACGCAGUUUAGUGUAGGUUGUACUGGCGUUUUUCUAUUGCUCUUGAAAGUAUUUUUUGAUUUGUUCGAAGUUAUUUUUUUCGUUAGCGGUUGUAAGCAAUUACCAAACAGUGCCUUGUUCUGGGUUAAUGCAAUUUUUGUUCCCCUAGUUGCAUAAGGAUUUGGCGUUCUGUGAAAAAAGAAACGCCGGUAUUAAGGUACAUCUACAGUACUUGUUUAAAGAGCAAUUUGACUUGAUUUAAAGAUCUAUGCGUGCUAUAGUAUCCUGUUGCCUUAGGUUUGGGUGGUUUAUUUUGGUAAUUGUCGUUCUGGACUACGUUUGCGCAACUGUGUAUGUCUUUAUAAGAGCAGAGUAACCUAUAUGGGAAAAAUUUAUCAAUAAACUUACUGCACUUGAGACCUACUUUUAUUUUCUACGCAAAUCAUUUAGUGGUACAUAUGAACAAGCAUGGUAGUUUUAAAAAAACAAAUCAUACAUUUCAAAGGUUCGGACCUCUAAAUCUGUGUGGCAUCAUGCAGUAAAAAGUAGUACUAACAUCUACAUUAAACUAUUUCAUGAAACGUUCAGAUUAUUACCUGCCAUUUUAUAACGCCGCACAACUAGACGUGAAGAAACCUGUUACCAAUUUGUUAUAUCAAAUGUUAAGCAUAUGGUAAUAUGCUAUAUGCGACACGGCUUAUGCUAGUACGUAAAGAAAAACGGAACGGGUAGAGCAUUAUCAGUUUUAACAAUAGAACAGUACUUAGAAAUUCACUCCAAUACACACUGUUGCCGGUAGGGCGGGAUAUAAAAGUAAUCAAAUUUAGCCAAAAUUUGUAUCGAUUUUAAUUCGAUAAAAACGUACACAGCUCAGCUUUUCAUUUUGGAAUCUGAAAAAUCGUCGCAUAAGCCCAUCUUUGUGUGUCGCCGAUUAAGAAAGCUAAAACUUGCAAAGUAGUUGAUAACGUUUCAAAGACAAUUUGAGUUCCAAUGGCCUGAAUCACUUGAAAAAAACUACGUAAUAGUUUUACAAAAGUAUAUGUUUCUUGGUACACCCAAGUGGUAUGCUUCCGCUAGCUCCAUUCAGAUUUCAUAGCAUGUUCAAAUGUGGCGAACCAAUCGGUAAAGCUAAGCGAACUCAUAUUUGACAUAAGCAACCGUAUCUCUAACUAUGUAAAACGAAUUUUUCCACAGUAAAUUCUUCUGUGUAAACUCCACAAAUGUCUAUUCCCAAGCGGUGUAUCUACGCAAUUGCAUCUACUCAGUUUUUUUGCAUAGGUGGCGUUUGUGUGCAUAUGCAACACCAGUUACUUCAUUUACAGUGGUAUUUUACGGUUUCGCCAUCGCUUUUAAAGUUCUCUGGUUUUUAUUUCACCUAAACUCCGUUAUUAGAGUGUGGACUUUUUAUCCAUGUAUUUGGGCCGGAUUGCGGGUUAUAAGAAAUCAUUCGUAAACCUUGGCACACUUCAUGAGAAACUACAUGUAUGGUAUUUGGCAGCGAAUCAAAGUCCCGCGUUGUGGUUCCAACGCCAAUGCGUAGGUGCAGCAAACCACAGGCCUGCAUAAAGACCAAAACGUUUCGUAUACAUAUUAACAGGGGCCGGAGGUUGCGAUAUUGAGUGUUUUAGAAGCCCAGCAUUAUUCAUUUUUAUUUCUCCGUUGAAUAUCUAAGGAGGAAAAAAGCUGUUUGAAAAAUAGUAAUGAAGGACUGCAGCGCAGAGCCGCAAUGAUAUGAAGGAUCAUCUACUUCGCAAGGUACAACACAAUAACACAUUGCUUAGGCAUCUACAUCCUCGACAUCAACCUGGCACAACAGCCCUUGGUUGAAAAAUUACAGUUCAGUAGAUGGAGAAAAAUAUGACCAAAUAGAUACAUUUAAUAUCUAACAAAGAGAUCUCCCUACAUGCUAAAGAGUUGGUAACGAGAUUAUUAUUGGAACAAGGCAUCCAUUCGGGAGCGCCUGAGCAGCUUUAUGGACAUAUCUGUGGCCAGAUACGUAAGUUAUUAGCGGAGGGUUGAACACAUGAUUCGUUGGUCGCUGGUCGCAUGGUCAACAGUGCCCACGGCCGCGCUGGCCGACGUGAGUGAGAUUUGUGAGUGCAGCUGUGACUGGGCGCAGUUGAAGGCAAAACGACUUAAAUCAGUGUUGAGAGGUGGUCACAUAUUAUCUAAAUGACUGUAGGUUAUUACAGAGGAGUUUCCUUGUGUUAUUGAAACUCUUGCCUUUAUGAUUAUGAUUAUGAGGAGUUUCCUUGUGUUAUUGAAACUCUUGCCUUUAUGAUUUCGGUGGUAUUUUUUUGAAACGAACGAAACACGCUGAAUGGCUUAGCAUUUCUAGCGUAAUUUUACAUUUAAAAUGGCUGACAGGAUUAUCAAUUGUAGGUAUUUUCAGAGUAAAAAUGAGUUAAGUGAGAUAGCACCGCGUGGAAGUCGUGCAGAUCAUUUGUUAUUUCAUGAGCUGUUUGGGAUAGUCAUUACCGCAACACUUAUGCAGAAGCUCUGCCUAUUAUUGACAGUCAGAUAUUUGCUGUUGGGUAUCACGUGCAAAAAAGCAAUCAGAGCAGUUAUGAUGCCACAGACUCGAACAGUUGAGCCAAUAGGUGACAUCGACUCUCGCAGGGCGUCAAAAGAAACUGCUAUAUAUCUCUUCAACCCUGUACUGUAGAGAGUGUUAAUUGAACUCAAAAUGUUCCAAAUUUUGUACAUCUUCGUCAUAAACCACAUUCUGCGUGGAUGCCCGAAAACUAUGCGUACGUUUUGUAAACGUCUCCACUUUUCGUUACAUGUCUAUGUUUUAUGCUAACAUGUUUUUUUCUAAUUUAAGCUAACAUUCUUUAAAAGUCCUAAACGAUCAAUUAAUUGGCCAUACGUUGAGUUCAAACAUAGAUUGAUGUAAGAGAACGGCCUAACUGAAGGCGAGUGAAAGAAAAUGUGAUAUUGAUGAUGUUCACUAUAGAUGUUGUCACAUCAAGCAUUCAGUAGAAUCCACAAAACACGCAGUAAUGACUAAUCCGUCUAUAAAAACACAACUUCUGAUUUUUGCAACGGAAGUAUUGGUUCUAUGCUUGGCUACAUUAUAUGGCAUUUUUCCACUGCAUAACUAUGGUCAACUUAAGGCACUACUAAUAUCCUGAAGGAAUGCACAGUAAGUAUGACUUUUACUAAUUCGUAGGUUAUAAUUGUCUGACAAAAAUCUCCAUUACGUCAAAACCGGCAUAAAUUCAUAAGCCGGUUAUCCUACUUAAUAAUAGUUAAUAAUAACAUCCAGUUAACCGAAAGUACCACGUGUAUUGAAAAAUUACAUUAAAUUGUCAAAUGCCGCGUUAUGCCAGUAUGAUAAGUAACAGUAAUUUAUUUAAUUAUCUGCUCCGUCAGUGAAUGCGACUGAGUAAAUAGAAGAACAAAAAUAGUAAAACUUGAAGAGCAACUGUAGCAGAUCUCGAAUAUUUAUUAUAAUAUGUAAUUGGGUCCCUAUUCGACUACUUGACAUUUGAUUUUUGUUUGUAACAUCACUAUUCCUUUCCAACGUGAGAAUAAAACAUUGUCCUGGAACUCUGUUUAUGUGAAAACCAGCAUCUACUCCUACAUCGGCGACCUUAUUAUCAUUUGCACAGAAGCGUACUCAAGUGCUCAGGUUAACUACUCAGAAUACCAACAUUCCACAUUGGAUCCUAAAAAAAGUAUAGCGUCUCUUUAUUCCAGAGUAACGCGGGACGCACAAUAAGAAACGUCAUUCUCAUUUGCAUUUCAUACUUCUUGUCAAAAAGUUCGUUAUUUGCAUAUAAGGAUGGUAGCAGUUAAAACCUUUUUAACGAUUAAAUUAAUAUUUUUCUCUAAAAUAGCACUAGUCCAUAAUAAAACAAGCGACGCGGAUGCUAGAACUACGAAUUCGACCUUCCUUCGCGCCUCCUGGAAAUCAUUUCACAUGCUUGGCAAGAUUUCUCUCAGUACGCAGUCCGUGGACACUGUUUAUACUGGGCUCGUUUCGGCAAAUGCCUCAAGCCUUGUUCAACCCCGCGAUAACGCCAGAUCAGUAAGCAACAAAACAGGUAAAUUCCGUUUUCAACUUGUAGAAAUUUUCAUGCACACGAAUUCGGGCAUUGCCAAAUGGUUAAGGCGUUCGUAUAGAUCGUUGAUGCGCAGAUGAUGGUUCAAACUGGACAGUGUCUCAAAUACUCGAACAAAGAAUAAUUCAGACAAAACAAGUUAGGCACAUAGCUAGCUUUUAGAGUACAUUGUGCAAUUAAUGGCUAUUCAUAAACUAAUAACUGCUGUUUAGUGGAGACACCGAGUGCACAUGUUCCAUUUUGUAGGAUUUCAGGGACUUCCUUCGAUCUCGCGCGUUUUAGUAUAAUUUUGCACUUAUCUAGAUUCGCUACACAUUAUUCAAUCAAAGAUUUAACCAACUAAGUUACCAUCACCUCCAACCGCGUACGAUCCAUUUUUAUCUUUUCUGUAAAUCAUUAAGAUACGAGUAACUUCACUGCAAUAACAGCAAAAGUAGGUUGCUGCGCAGGCUGGCAACCAAAGUUCCGUCAAAUUAAGAUUACUUUUUUUAAAUUAACUCGAAACAAGGUCAUUUUUCCUUGUUUGGAAAUGAUAAAAUGAAACCAAUCAUUUCCAAAAUGGUCUUCCCUACGCCUAUGCAUUUUAAGUGCACUAAACAAAUGUUCUUUUUACUGCUCUUCCAUCUGACGUUUUACUGAACGUAGACAUGGCCCGAUGUUAAUUUUGCGAAUAUAUUAGUGACUUUGAUUAUAAACCGAUUUUUACUUUUGCGGGAAAUUGCUCAUUGUUUCAGGGUCUAAUUAACGUAAAAUUUACCAUGACUACGUCCACCACAUUUAUAUCUGCAGGGUGGUUUAAAAAUAUUCAGAAGAAAAUAUGCCUAUUACGGAAUCCCACUCAGGUCUAAAGACUGCAUGUCGACUUAGAGUUAGCGGUAGGCCAACGUCAAAUGUUAAUAAUGACGCUGCUUCUUGUUUACCCACUUGUGCUCUUUUGUUCUUUUUUAAGAAAAAUCUCUUACAAAAUAUAAGUGUGUUGUAUAAUUUUACCGGACAAGUGUCUACGAUGAUUCGAUGCGGCUGAUACAGUGCCUUUAGCAAAAUCGAACGUAGUUAUUUAGGUCGCACAGAAACCACGUCACUUGCUCUGUAUGAUCUACGGAAAUCACGAUGUUUCCUCUGUUAACAAAAUUCCGCCAAAUACGCAAUACACGAGCACUAUGUAUACUGGCCUCGUUUCGCCAUCUGCCUCAGCCUAUAUUCAACCCCGCACAAUGCCAAAGCAUUAAUCAGCAAAAUAUACACUAGCUUUUCAUUGUGUGGUUAGAUCCAUUAACACAAUUCCGGAGAUUGGCAAACGUUUAGGUUGGCAGUAUCGACCGCUGGUCACGCAAUUGAUGGUUCAACUUGAAUGGCCGUUUAUUUUCAACUGAACAACGCAUACUUAAGACAAAACAGACUAAAUAAAUAAAUGGUUUUUAAGGGCAAUGUGCAGUUAACGUCCACCUACGCGGGGGGUGCGGCGGUUACAUAUGUCCCGCGUCAUAGGAUUGCAGUCUCUUUUGCGAAUCAGACUCAUAUUGACAAACCGUUUUCUACUUGUCUGGAUUUUCUAUGCAUGGCUAAGUUAAAUUUUCCACGUAUAAGGUUGUAAGCAACUUCAGCCGCCCAUGAAACAUUUUCGAAUCUUUUCUAAGAAAAUGUGGAGGCAAACGCAAAGCCACUGCAAUAUGCCUUAGGUCCGGCAAUAGAUCGAGGUCCUGGUAGGCAACCAAACGUUUAGUCAAUAUAUAUUUAAGUAUUUGUAAAUUAUAAGGAAACAAGGUAACGGGCCCUCGCAAAUGAACCCAUCGUCAUGCGAAUGAUCUUGUCUGAUGCUUACGAAUAUUAUUUCCAUUAAAUGAUUGUAAUUUCCGGCGAACCUUAAGCUGACCUUUCAGUGAACGGAAAAACAGCCUAAUGUCAAUUUUGCGAAUAUGCUUCUGAUUUACAAUAUUCCUAAUUCUUGCUUAUCUGUGAAACAACACAUUUCUUAAAUUUCUGAUUGACAUGCACAUAACUUUAAUUAUUUUCAUCACAUGUCGGCUUUAAACGCCGGUAGAAAGUAAUUUGUUAGACGAAAUGGUAAUUUUUGAAUCUUUAGUUGAAUGUCUGUAGACGGCACGGUGGUCGGAAAUUUGCGUUCAAGCAAAGUCCUCUUUUGCUUUCACUGUUUUCUUUUUUACAUUACCUCGGGCGGUCGCCACUCACCUUCAGAAUAUUGUUUUAGUAAUAGGUUUUUGGAUCCAUUUUAGCGAAAACGCAGUGAAGUUGGUAGUGGAGGGGUGAUCAUUGCCCUGAUAAUAUAUAAUUGUUAAUAAGCGUCAGAAAAAUUUGCAAAGCCUAACUCACUAAAUGGGAAGUAAUUGCAUUAGUUUUAAUGUAAGAAUGCUCGACGCUUCUCCUGAGACUGUAGUGCACGCAAAUGUUGUUUGAUUUAUAUAUACGCCUAGCAUAUGAGGUUAGUUCAUUUAUUUAAUCGGCUUGUAUAUUUUUGUUUGUAUGUAUUCAAGUAGGCCAAUAUUAUUUAAAUAUGUUUCUCACGACGAGAUUUACAAAAGCGUCCCCAUACAUGCGAAGGAUAACUAAUCCCGAGCAUCUGAAUUCGAUUUUUUAUGCUCAUGUUCUGUCUACGACCAGAUUUUUAAUUUAUCCACGCUGAGUUAAAGCAGGUGAAUUAGUAGUGCGCAUUGUAUUGCUUUUCGAUGAACCACAGUUCUAAUAUCGUCAUGAAGAAGGCUAGGACCCUAAUGUAAUUAGUCUACUAAACAGAACUCGAUGUAAUUUAUUUGGAAGCCUACUUCUACUACCUACUUGGCAGGCAAUAACUGUAUUAUACUUGGGUUGAAUUUGCCCAAACCAACAAAUCGUACUUUGAUCUAGGGUAUAGUAAUGGCCUCGCACAUGACAUAAAUGUCUCAUUCUGUUUACUUUCAGCGGUAGCAAAAUUAUUCUUCGAGUUCUGGCUCUCCUUUCUGAUAACGUUGCCAAUUUCGGCUAUUAUCCUGGUAAGUUCGUAGUUCAUCUGAUUUGAAUUUAAUAAAUGCAAGAAAACUAAAUUGUCAAACAAAUUUCGGCCAUGCCAUAGGCAUCUGCCGGUUCCCAGUAGUCUACCUUUAUUCGUUUUUUUCAUUUCCCUCCUACGUUCAUUUUCAACCAUCGGGAGAAUUUAAGUGUUUAGAGGCUUUGCAAUAAAAUUGCGUGUUCUCUCGCCAGCGUAUGCCAGCAUUCUCAUGGCUCAACCAAAACAUAGCACCCCAUUAGGACUGUAUUCUUUCCUUUAGAAAUUUGAGACGUCAUUUAAUACGGACCGUACUUCUCGACAACAACAUUUUACAUUUCUUAUUACGGAAAUGGAACACCUGGCUAAAUUUGCUCUCUGAUUAAAGCAGGGAAUUUUAUUUAUAUGCAUGUGUUCUACAUCUUUUCGAGACGACUAUCGACGAUUAGCUAUUGCACAACUAGAAACACAUUCGUGCGGUAUUAAUCGUUAUCUAUAUGGACGACCUUGUCAAGGGCUUUGAAGAAGAUUUGCUGCACUGGAACGAACACUAGGCUGCAUAUAUUAUUUUGACAAAACAGGUUUUCUUCCACUCUUUCUUCAGGCACAAAACUAUACUUACUACAUUUUGGCCUCAGUGGCUCUUAGCACAUUCAUGCCACUGCGCGAGAGCCUAAAAAAUAAGGUUUUGCCUUUCAUUAGUGACUUUUGCCACAACUAAAACCUUCACCUGCGAGCCGGGCAGUGUAGUGGUGCGUGAAGACAUGGCAGAGAGUAGAUUGAAUGUGCACCGCUGCCUCACGAAAAGGCUUCAACAGGGGAAAUGGCGCUUCAACUCGGGUACUGAAAUGUAGACAUGAACUUCAUCUAAUUCGCUUCAUCUGUCCAAAGUGUGAAGACGACUGGAGGUGAGAUUUGGCCCACUGACUAGCAAAUCUGAGCUGUCCGUCAACCUGUACCACUGAAAGUGCAGCAGGCUACUCCAGACGAUCUGGUUGCCCCUUAAGUGGGUUACCGUUUGGUCACUUCUAACGCUGUGGACAGGAUGCCGUGGGCACAGUUGUCAGAGAGGGGGUGUAGAAGGUCUGAAGCAGUUCCUUCCAUUCCGACCUAAUUGGGUCAGCCAAGUCUGGAAUAAACUGUCGCUUUUAAUUGGGACUUAUGUGAUAGUUAUUUGUCAACGGUAUCUUCUGAUGUAAUAAUAUCCAAGGCCAUAACCUCCAAGAUAAGCAACUUCCAGCUAAUCCUAACAGUGUAAAAAUGUGCACAAACAUUUAUUAUGCUUUGCUAUACGUCUUAAGUCAGCCAGCCAACUUUGGAAGUCCAUGUUUACUUGCUUUUGCUUUAUAGGGCCCAACAAUACUUCUGGUGUUCUACUUUGUUGAGAAACAAUUGGAAAUCAAACCGAGCUUGACAAAUAGUAACAGACCUCUGAUCGCUCAACACUGA